UGUUGAGGAGUGAGUUUAACACGCGCACGCAUCCGCUGAUCUCCACAGUGCGAGAUUCUGCAGUGCGCUUCUCUUCUUCACGCGCAACAUGGAUGCGAAAGUGGUCUUAGUGGCAGUUCUGGUAACGGUGACUAUCUACGGAUCUGUUUCAGACGCCAAGCCUAUCAGCCUGGUCGAGAGGUGUUGGUGCCGUUCUACAGUCAGCACAGUUUCACAGAGGAACAUCCGUGAGCUGAAGUUCGUCCACACACCCAACUGUCCUUUCCAAGUCAUUGCCAAACUGAAGAGCAACAAAGAGGUGUGCCUUAAUCCUGAGACCAAAUGGCUACAGCAGUACCUUGAGAAAGCCCUUGAAAAAAUGAAGAAGGCCAAACAACAGGCCAACUAAGGAAGCAGCUGGAUGGCAAGCCCGUUUGUGAGCCACCACCACAGAUAUGUACCUGUACCGUAUACUGCUCUGGCAUGCUUGCUGAACCAGCACUUAACCUGCAUACCUUGCUUCCCUCUCAAUUAUUUGUCACACCAUCAUCACCACCUCUGACACCGCUAUAGGCACCUCCUGUAUUAGCACAAUGUGCAAUUAUAUAUAUAUAUGUAUGAGUGUGUUUUUAUACGUAUGAGAUGUAUAUACAAUGUUUUUUAUAUAUCGACUUUAAACAGUAAAGAGAUAUUUUUGGAGUUGUGUUUGCUCCUUGCCUGUCUGUUACGGAGUUAGGUAGCACUAAAUGUAGUACUGAAGAUUUUGGAGCAAACAUCCCAAACUCUGCAAACUCACAACUAUUUUUACACUAUAUCACUAUAAGAGUAAAAGGAAAGUGGGAAUCACACACUGGUGCAGAGCUGAGCCCCAAUGGCAGCAUACCUGAUGGGAGAACAAAUAGAUAGGGAGUUGACUUUCUCUACCCAAUUAAUAACCAUAUUUAAUGAACCCAUAAUCUUAAAAAUAUUGUAACACUGCAUAUUGCAUGUGAAUGUAAUAUUAUAUGUAUAUAUACACGAAAAGUGAAGCGUCGCUUGUGUUUUUGUUCUCUAACUAACAGUUUUUAUUUUUAUACAAAAGUAAACCAAAAAGCCUUGACCUCACAUCAACCUAAGCAGUCUGAAUUCCUUUGGGGAACUACGUUCCUUAGAAGUAGUCUGUGAGGGAAAAAAUUUAAAGGAAUGCUUUUUUUCCCUACUUUCUAUCAUUGUGUAAGCAAAGAAACAUCUUGAAUUACAAAUGAACUUAAUUAAGCAGCCAGUGUGUGGAAGGCAUAUAACUUAAAAUAGAUUCAUAUGCAAGCAGAAUUAUUUUGAAGUAAAUCAAAUUAUUUAAAAUUAAACAGAAUGAAUGCAUUUUAAUGCACAUGAAAUUACAUAUAAUAUAAAACUAAUGUCAACCCAAAUUUAGAGAAGUUUCCACCACCUUUAAAAAAAAGACUAAAUUUAUCUUGCAAUUGUGACCAAAAAUUAUCUCUCCUUUGCAUUUAUUAGAAAGAAAAGUUGCAGGUGAGUGAAAAAAAUUACAAUCUCAUUACUGCAAAUGAUUAUCACUCGGUCGGCACACAAUUUUACUUAACUGCCAGUUAACGUCAUGCCGCUUUUAUCUUGAAUUUGAUCGUUUAUCUUGUAAUUUAAAGAUUUUAUGUCACAAAUCACAAUUGCCACCUUUAGUACUGUAGGAGAAUGCUUUAGUCUGAACAGGAUAGCGUGCCUCCAUGACAGUUAGAGGUAGGGGGUAGGCUAAUAAGUGGAAGCAUGAAAUCAGCUUACUACUGUAAGAUAUAACUUGCAAUUGCAGGAUAAAAGUCUCAGUUGUGUGAUAUGAAUUCUUUGCGAGAUAAGAAGUUGCAAUUGUGUAAUAAUGACUCACAAUUAUGAGAUAAAUCUACACAGAAAGAUAAUUUGCUUUCUAGAUUAGAAUACCGAUGUGCACAAUAAAAAGAGAUGAAUACAAAAAAAAGAGGUAGUGGUAGUAGAAAGAAUAUAUCUAUCAAUAAUGGUAUCAUAAUGCACUUUAAAAUGCACUGUGUAAAACAGGAGCUAAUCUAUAAUGAGAAAUGACACCCACAGCUGAAGGUUAGCUUUUCUAUAGUUAAGGAAAAAAAUUUUAAUGGCCAAAUUUAUAUUUCCCUUUUGGGAAAAUGAGUCUUUUUAACAUUAAGUUUAAUAAUCAACACAGCUAUUCAAAACAGAAAAAUAUUGUUCCACCACAUUAGUCUGUACAGCUAUUCUGACUUUUAAAAAAACAUUCAGUGCCCUUUUAAACUAGCCUGUCAGACACCUCUCGAGAAAAUUAGCGUAUGAAAUUUGUCUGUAACAACCGCCAAACUGAUCCUGUCAAGCGAUUUAAAACAGCCAUUAAAACAGCCAGGCUACUUUCACACAAGCAGCCUGCAGGCAUACAGGCCAGGAAACAUAAUGCCCAAUCAGCAUUAGAGAGGAAGGCUGUAGGCGGUGUUGUGGGGGUUAGGCCACCAGUUACACUUCAUUUCAUAAAGUGAAAAAGUCAAAUAAAACAAAGACAAAUGAUUAAUGACUAAUUUGUAUCCUUCCACACUGGGUAAGAUCAUACCUAUUGAGAAAAGUACUUAUGCUUAUACAUGAAAUUCGAAGCAGUGAGCUUUAGAACGAGUUGAUUAACUCACCUAGUGGGCAUUAACAAUGCAUUUCUGUUGCUCGAGUGAACAGCAUGAACUAUGCGACGUGAAUUCAGGAGCAAUUUCACUUGAAUAAAGCACCACUGAGCGAUAAUAUAUACAGAAUGUGAAAAAGAUAAAAGUCAGUAAAUCCCACCCUAUUAUAGAAGUUAAUUACAUACUAGACAAAAAUACUAACAAUGGUAGAAUAAAUGGUUAUAGGGAGUGUCUUAAAAUGGGAAUGAUAAUGAAAAUGUAGCAGUUGAGAGCACAUUCAGAUAAUACAUUACCAUCCUAACUUACAUCUUGGGCAUUUGUUAGUUUUUUUUGUAAAUGGUGAGAUGAGUGUUUUUAUUACUCACUUUAUACAAACAUUAAGAUGCACCCAUCAACAUGUGAUUGAGAUCAAUGAUAAUGUGUACAUUUCCCCUCACAACUCCCAAAUAAUGUGAAGGACAUUACUUUAUAGACGGCAGCUUAUUCUAUUACAUAAUUUGUAUCUGUACCCAUGUUUACUUUCAUUUUAAAAAAUUGAUUUUUUUUAAAUAAAUCAUUUCAUAUUUACAAA